UUGCAUCUGCCCCCCAACAACAGAUAUUACCCACCCCCCACCUCUGGAUAUGCCGAUUUAAAGCAUGGAUACCAAUCCCCAUGGUUUUGGAACCCUUUCUCGGCCAAAGUAAUACACACAUCCUUCUCCAGGAAUGAAGAUGGAAAAAAAGAAGAAAGAAAAAAAAAAAAGGAACCUCUUACUCGACUCAAUUCAAAUUAGCUUCAGAAACCUCCCUUUGCGUAUUUUUGUUGUAAUUUUUUCUCCAUUUUGGAAACCCCUCGGUUUUUGUAGCUUUCUAUCUUUUCGAAGUAUACUUUUUUUUUUUCUUUUACUUUCUCUUACCUCUCUACUUCGUCCUGGUCCUUGUAUGUAACCCUGGUUUACAUACUGUCAUGUCUCUGCGAGAUCCUUGACUUGACCCUUUUUUUUCUUUUCUGCUUUUUCACAAAUCUUUUCUUUAAACCUUUGUCUUGCCAAGACGAAUAACACAAUGAUGUUAUUCGCAAUAAACCAAUCUGUACCAAAUCAAAAAAAAAAAAAAAA